UGUGGACACAGCAAACGUUUUGAUAUGAUGAUGUCGAAGAGCCUCCAUGUGAUACCGCUGUGCUAAUAAGUUGGAAGACGAUGUCCAAAUAAGACAACUACCGAGCACCAUAUCGGUGCCCCUGCAAGCUACAAAACUGCAAGCCAUCUCAUUUCGUUUUAGUCCAGACUUCUUCCGAACUAAUAAUACCCCUACGCAGAUUUUGGUACAGUAUUUCUACAACCGUGAGCGUCCGCGUCGUGUCACCCUUCACAGACGCAUAUUUCCGUCUCUCGUUCGUGACUGCUCGAUACGAUGUCGGACGCGGGCGAAAGCCAAGUAUCAAGGAAGCCAAAGGUCCUCAUUGCAACCUUUGACGGUACUGCAGGAUCUUACGAUGCGACGAAUUCGAAUGUUGUUAAGUUCGUGUCUUUAUUGAAGAAAGACACAGACAGCCAGCUUUCCUAUUAUCAGGUAUGUGCCUGUGCAGUACCCCAGCGAAUUCACUAUCCGAUCGCGGAUCACCCACGUUGCAGUAACAAGGGUACUGAAGUCCCCCUUAUUAUACAGGCUGGCGUUGGGACGUAUUUUUCUCCUGGAGUGGUGUCCCCCAUGUUCACUUGGCUCGCCAAGAUAUUGGAUGAGGCUUUUGCAUGGUACCUAGACGUUCAUGUUAUGGAGGGCUACAAAUUCUUGAUGGACAACUACCGACCUGGUGAUAAGAUAUGUCUUUUCGGCUUCUCUCGAGGAGCAUAUACUGCACGUGCAGUUAGCGGGAAUGCUGUACAGGGUCAGUUGCUUGUUGGUCGUCAUUGGAAGUUGCCUUUCGUGCUAAGACAUCGUCGCAGGUUGGGCUACUUCCAAAAUCCGACGUCCAGCAAAUUGGCUUUGCCUAUCCAGGCCUACAAGCAGACUGGCACACAAGCAGAUCUGCUGGCUGCAGGCUUUAAGCAGACAUUUUCGCAUGACGUCCGGGUAGAGUUCGUAGGAGUCUGGGACACCGUACAAAGUACCGGGAUGCUCUUGAGCCGGAGCCUGCCAUUCACAAACUGCAAUACCCUGAUCAAGACAUUUCGACACGCUUUGGCUCUCGACGAGCACCGUGUUAAAUUUCAGCCAAAUUUAUAUCAUCGACCCCAGUCAGAUACAGCUGAUCCAGAAUUUGCCCAGAUGUCAAAGUUAUCCGAAGCUGUUGCCGAACUGGAAGAUAGAGCUUCCGGUAAAAAUGGCUCACUGCGGAAUAAGCUCCUUCAAGCUGUGAAACGCGGAAAGAAGCUCGUGAAAAGGCCGAAGUUUCAAGGACUGAAGCAUGGUUUCAAGAAAAUUCAGCGCCAGCAGAGCACAAACGAGAUCGUCGCUGAGAUGCCUGGGGAGACUAUCAUCGUCAAGGAAGAGACGAGUGUGGAAGUCCUUGAUAGUCCAGACGUAGAGCCAAUACCACCAUCAGAUGUUCUGGAAGUCUGGUUCCCAGGAUGCCAUACCGACAUAGGCGGCGGUAAUGUUGGGAACUCUGUCAAGGUCUCGUUGGCGCAAACCACUCUUCGCUGGAUGGUUGAACAGGUUCUCCUGUCUCAGUGCGGCAUCGUUUUCGAUGAGGCGGCCCUUGAGCGUGUCGGCAUGCCAUUAUCGAGCCUUCCUAUUUCGAAAACGCCGCCUGCUACUGAGAAUCCGACCGGCAAGUCACCACCGAUGACAGACACGACCGUUCUCAGUGCUGCAACCAACGACACUUUAGUAGAAGAAGAACCCUUACCCGCCCCUUCUAGCCCUCCCACUGAUCCUCCCACUACACCAUCACAGCCAAAUCCAGAAACCUGUGAUGCUCUUGCUCCUUUAUUUGACGAAUUGCAGCUGCAGAAGGCCUGGUGGCUCCUUGAAAUCAUUCCCCUUCCAUUCGCCUGGCAAGAUGCACAUGGAAAAUGGCACAAGAAAUGGAAGUUCCAUAUGGGCAAAGGUCGCGCUAUUCCCUACCAGCAUCCCAAAUUCCAUUCAUCCGUCAAGGAACGGAUGGACUAUAUACCCUUGAACUAUAAGCCGCGAGCGAGAUACCGACAUGAACAGGUCAUUUUCGUAUGACGAUGACGACGAUUGGACCUCCACACGACUUACCUUGAUGCCCAUCCAUGAUUUACUAUUAUUAUGAAUCCAUACUACGAAUAUCCCGAGUCCCCCGAAGGACGGGUACUACGUUACAUUUUCUGCCCGAGCUUUACCUUGGUAUUUACGAGUUGGGACUUGUUUACAACUCGCCUUAUGAUUGUAAUGAUGACGAUCACGUCAAGAUCACGUUGUACCAUACCGUUUUCUGUGUUUUGAAAGUGCAUCUUACGA